AUGCUGCUCACUCAGGCUGAUAUCGCCUCCAUCUACCAUGUCGAAGUAGUGAAACUAUGGGACAUCGCCAGUGCAAUGGUUUUGGUCUAUGACUAUGUCCUCACGUUGAACUUGGAAAUCGAGUAUACAUGGGGCAGAAAUCUGUCCCUAUUAGACUGUCUUUUCUUCUUCACAAGAUAUGCGCCAUUUCUCGACGUGGGCAUUUCACUGUAUAGCCAGCUAUUCCCUGGACUUGAAACGUCCACCUGCGAGAGAGUGUAUAGGUUCUCGGCAUGGUCGUUCACAAUUGGCAUAGCAAUCGGAGAAAGUAUGGAAUUCGUCUCAAAUGCAUCAUACCCGUGGUUGAUCAACCUCUAG